GCAGGCGGAGGCCCCGCCCCCUAGCGAGCGCAUGCGCAUGCGCAUGCGGUCCCGCCUCCGGGCUCUGUCCUAUUCCGGCUCCCGCCUGCGUGCAGGACACUGGGUUCCCUACGAGCUGCCCCAGGCUUAAUGAUUGUCCAGAAGGUGGCUAUAAAGGGAGCCUGGGAGGCUGGGUGGAGGAGGGAACAGAGAAAGCCUAACUCAGCAGAUCUGGUCACUGAGAGAGCCACAGGCAGGAGCUGUGGUCGGAGGCUUCGCGUCUUGGCCACUGGGGCCUGCUCCCUUCCACCAUGGCCGCCCAAGGCUACGGCUAUUACCGCGCUGUGAUCUUCUCAGCCAUGUUUGGAGGCUACAGCCUGUACUACUUCAACCGCAAGACCUUCUCCUUUGUCAUGCCGUCGUUGGUGGAGGAGAUCCCUCUGGACAAGGACGACUUGGGGCUCAUCACCAGCAGCCAGUCAGCAGCCUACGCCAUCAGCAAGUUUGUGAGCGGGGUGCUGUCUGACCAGAUGAGUGCCCGCUGGCUCUUCUCUUCUGGGCUGCUUCUGGUUGGCCUGGUCAACGUAGUCUUUUCCUGGAGCUCCAUGGUACCUGUCUUUGCUGCUCUCUGGUUCCUCAAUGGCCUGGCACAGGGGCUGGGCUGGCCUCCCUGUGGGAAGAUCCUGCGGAAGUGGUUUGAGCCAUCUCAGUUUGGCACCUGGUGGGCCAUUCUGUCAACCAGCAUGAACCUGGCUGGAGGGCUGGGCCCUAUCCUGGCAACCAUCCUCGCCCAGAGCUAUAGCUGGCGCAGCACGCUGGCCCUGUCUGGGGCGCUCUGUGUAGUUGUCUCCUUCCUCUGUCUCCUGCUCAUCCACAAUGAACCCGCUGACGUUGGGCUCCGGAACCUGGACCCCGCCCCCUCCAAGGACAAGAAGGGCUCCUCGAAGGAGGAGAGUACUUUACAGGAGCUGCUGCUGUCCCCCUACCUGUGGGUACUGUCCACGGGCUACCUCGUGGUAUUUGGAGUAAAGACCUGCUGUACUGACUGGGGCCAGUUCUUCCUCAUCCAGGAGAAAGGACAAUCCGUCCUCGUGGGUAGCUCCUACAUGAGUGCCCUGGAGGUUGGGGGCCUUGUAGGCAGCAUCGCAGCUGGCUACCUGUCAGACCGGGCCAUGGCAAAGGCAGGCCUAUCCAUCUACGGGAACCCUCGCCAUGGCCUGUUGCUGCUCAUGAUGGCUGGCAUGACCGUGUCCAUGUACCUCUUCCGGGUCACUGUGACCAGUGACUCCUCCAAGGAUGUUGCUUUCUGGACUCCAGCUCUUCACCCUCUCGCUGAGCUCACAGGCUUUACGGAGCACGAGCUCUGGAUCCUGGUGUUGGGAGCCCUGUUCGGUUUCUCCUCCUACGGUCCCAUUGCCUUGUUCGGAGUUAUAGCCAAUGAGAGUGCUCCUCCCAACUUGUGCGGCACCUCCCAUGCCAUUGUGGGACUCAUGGCCAACGUGGGCGGCUUUCUGGCUGGGCUGCCCUUCAGCACCAUUGCCAAGCACUAUAGCUGGAGCACAGCCUUCUGGGUGGCCGAAGUGAUCUGUGCAGUCAGCACAGUCGCCUUCUUUCUGCUACGAAACAUCCGCACCAAGAUGGGCCCAGUGCCCAAGAAGGCUGAGUGAAGACAGUACAGGCACCUGUGCAUCCUCUCCCACCUGUGGACCUUCCCCUGCACAGGGCUGGGGAGGUGCGGGGGCGGGGAGAAAGAAAGUGGGGCUGCUCCGGCUACCGAUGAACCUUGGAUCGCCUUUUUUGCUCCUUUUCCCUCGCCCAGGUGGCGCUGGAAGUUAUCAGUGGCUAAUGAGGUCCCAGCUCCCCAUCCUGUGCUCUAUUUAAAAAGACAACUUUUGUUCUUGGACUUCAUUAGCUCCAAUUUCCUGCCUUCAAACAGGAAACCCCUACAGUGAGGGAGUCUCCAAUACCCUCUUCCUCUCCUGGACCCUGCCCCACCCCCACCCCACCCCACCCCACCCCAUCCCCACAAGAGGUGAGGCUCCUCCUGUAGCUGCAGGGCACCAAUGGGCCAUGAUUUCUGCCCUAAGGCCUCUUAGCACCCGGUGAGUGUUCUUGCCAAUACCUCAAGAUUCCAGGCAGAGAGGAGGCCAUCACUCUCACCAAUACCCUGGGAACACCAGGGCCUGGGUGGGAGGGAGGAAGACUUGAUAAAGAGAUUAAAACUAGAUUUGAUACUAAACACAGUGAGCCAUUCUUUCAAUAGGGGUAUUACAGACCAGAGACAGUUUUCCUUGGAAAAUAUUCUCUUGCUACCUGCUCUUUCCACCCCAAACAGGACAGACUUCAUUUCCUUGGAAUGGGAGAUCUGACGUAUACUCCUUUUAGCUUAUGUCUCCUUUGCCUUCAACUUUACACUGUAUAAUUCAAUGAUCGUUUUAGAGAUGAAGCUACUGGGUUUCAGACAAAUUAAAUACUUUGAUGGAGGGAAUCAGUAAA